AGUACAAUUUUAGCAAUCAGGCGGGUAGCAAGUAUUUUCGGGCUUUGAAUCUCGGACAUUUUUCAAACAAAACUCCUUCCUUCUCUUCAACAAAAACAACCUUUUUUUUGGAUGCGGGACACAACACACCAAAAUAGUAAUUAAGACAUUUUUUUGUUGUUAAAAAGCAUAAUUGCACACUGCAAAAAUUUUGUGAUUUCCUUCUCCCUUCAAUUUCCACACGCUUUUAUUUUCCUUUUGGAUUUUCCGGCUAAAAAAAAAAAGAAACGAAACGAACACUGUUUUGGAGGAAUUUUGUGUGUUUUCGCCACGAAGGAAAAAAUCGGGUCAAGAAGGGAUUUUGUCGUGAUUGAAAAAAAGAAAAUUUACUAUUAUAUAGUUUUUUGUGCACAGUGAUGGUUGAUUCCUGUCUGUAAGGAAGAAGAAGAAUAAAAUAAUAAGUGUGGCCAAGAGCGUGCGAGAAUUUUCUCCCGGAGUUUUUCCAUGUUACACAAAAAUCCGUCCGUAACACACCACCCACGUACAAUGGCCGUAGAUAAUUAAUUAAGAAGAAGGAGGAGACGCGAAAUAAAUUGAAAAUUGGUGAAUUUUUCUUCCUGUGAAGAUUUUCAUUGAAGAGCGCUUCAAAUGUUUCGGACGCUGGGGAAGCAAUCUAAUGACUGAAUUAACUCAUCAUCAUUCAACGGACAACAGCAACAGUGGUGUUAAAAUGGAGCCAUCGGUAUCGCCGGCUCCAUCGGAGCAACAGUACUCCCUCAAAUGGAAUGAUUUUCAAUCGUCGAUUCUCUCAUCAUUCCGCCACUUGAGAGACGAAGAGGAUUUCGUGGAUGUUACAUUGGCCUGUGAUCAGAGAUCUUUUACCGCACACAAAGUCGUCCUCAGUGCGUGUAGCCCAUACUUUAGGAAGCUCCUCAAAGCCAACCCAUGUGAGCAUCCAAUUGUUAUCCUCAGGGAUGUUCGAGCUGAGGAUGUGGAGAGUUUACUGAGGUUUAUGUACAACGGUGAAGUUCAUAUUGGACAUGAACAACUGAGUGACUUCCUGAAAACGGCUCAGCUGCUGCAGGUGCGUGGUUUGGCGGAUGUGACGGGUCCAUCGAUGGGUCAUACAAUGACCUCAUCAUCGCGCCUUACGCAUGCCGCCCUAAAUGCACAAACCUCCACACCGACAGUACAAGAGCUGAAGCCAUCGCCGGUAAGAAAAAAAACCCUGCCUUGGGAUAUGUCGGACGAUCGAUCGUCCCACACAAUGGGUACCCCACCGCCACAGAAGCGUAUCAAGAGCGCCGAUCUCUACCGAGCACAGCAUGGCAUUAGCCCGGAAAGGGGAGUCGAUGGGAAUCCCCUUCCGGGACAAUUGCGUGACAAAGAUCGCGAUAGGAGUGACGGGGAUCGCAGUCGAAAGUCAUCCAUGGAGAGGAAUAUGGGAUUGAGAGAUUCUCUCCUUGAGCAAGCCCUUGAGGGUGGUCCAACUCUCAUUGAGCCAACACAGAAUGUCUUCAAAACUUCACAGAAACAUCCCAAUCUCGCAUCCCUGCAGCAACAGAGCAACGGAGAGGACUCCAAUAGUAGUGACGCAGCUUCCGAUCGAGAAGAUAGCGGGAUGGAUGGUGCCAUGGAUGGGCUAAAUGGCUCAAUAGAAUCCUCACGAACGCCUUCAUUCCCCAGUGCAUUUCUGGGCCUACAGGGACUCCCACUUAUGCCAGGACCAUCCGGAAUGCAUGGAGACAACUUCGAACCUUCUUCUAUCUUUGCAGUGUCACGACGUUCAUUGGAGAUGCGAGUUAGAGCAACAGACCCGAGGCCAUGUCCCAAAUGCGGGAAAAUCUACCGUUCAGCCCAUACGCUACGUACGCAUUUGGAGGAUAAGCACACCGUCUGCCCAGGGUAUCGAUGUGUCCUCUGUGGCACAGUGGCCAAAUCACGCAAUUCCCUGCAUUCACACAUGUCACGUCAACAUCGUGGUAUCUCCACCAAGGAUCUCCCCGUACUACCCAUGCCAAGUCCCUUUGAUCCCGAAUUAGCAAGUCGUUUGCUGGCCAAGGCGGGUGUGAAGGUUUCUCCGGCUGAACUACGUGCAAGAGCAUCACCAACAAGUGGAACGCGACGCAAUGAUAUGAAGUUGGAAUUGAGGACACCUGGAGAUGAUAGCAAUAUGGGGGACCUCGAUAAUGACCCUGAAGAUCUCACCGUGGGCAGUGCAGCUCACAACAAUAACAACAGCAAUACCAAUAGAUACCUCGAUGGUAUGAUUGGGAUGUCAGCAUUUAACCAUCCGAAUACGACAAUAACAAGAGUGCGACAAGGCGCUCUAACACCCAAAAGCAAUGAAUCCAUUUCCAAAGACUCCCACGGUGGACAACUGGGUAGUAGUGCUGCAACGGGGUCAGCCAUUCUCGACACAUACUUGCAAUUCAUCACUGAAAAUACCUUUGGAAUGGGAAUAAGUCAGGAGCAGGCAGCAGCAGCACUGCAUGCUGCUAAGAUGGCUCAACUUGGUGCCAUGGGGCAUGGUUUGGAUAAAUUGCCACCGGGUUUGCUGCAAUCCCAAUUGGAUUUGCACAAAAUAAACAAUCAGGCCAAUAGUUUGGAUAUCAUUGGGAAGAUUCAACACAACUCCAGUGUAACAAUUGAGCCGUCUGGGAAGCGAGAGGGUGAACGAUCACUUGAAAUUAAGCGCAAUGAUGAGGAACCAAUGGAUUUGGGUGCUGAAAAUGCCCAACAACCACCUGCCAAUUUAUCCCAUGAUGGGGAUAAUAGUUCCGGCGACGAGGGAAGCUACUCCGAUGACGAAGGUGUUGGGAAUUCGUAGAUUUGUGGACUAUUUUUGGGACUGAAAUACUUCGCAUGAAGGGAAGUAUUUUUAUUUCUCUUUAAUUUUGUUUUCUGACUGAAAUUUUGUUGAAUUUUCUAUUGAAUAUAAUUUUUUUUAUUAGUCAUGAAAUUUAACGGGGUUACGAAGGAAUUCUUUUAUAGGGAAAAGAAGAGUUUAGGUUUGAUUUAAAUUUUCUUUGAAAAAAAUAAAAUAAAAUAAAUCGGUGUUCAUUAUUUUCGUUAAAAAUUCACGAAAAAUCUCAUAUUUUCUUCCAUUUUUGGAAGACUUUUUUUGGGGCUUCUUUCAAACACAAGAAGCAGGCAAAUAUUUAGAAUUUUAUGCAAUAAAAUGGAAAAGAAUUAAAGUUUGUCCACAAAUCCACAAAGAAAAAAAAAGAAGAAA